GGCCACAUCGCGGCGCGUCGUGCGUGUUCGUGCUCGUCCAUAUCCUCCUCUCCCACCUUCCCCUUUCUCAUCAGCAAUUUCCCAAAUCGCCCCUCCGCCAAAACGGGAGCUCAGCGGCGGCGCCCCCCCACCCCCAACCUCUAACCCUCCCCUGAACCCUACCCCCCUCGUCGCCGGUCGCCACCCCACGCCAUGGCCCUUUCCCGCCGCCUUCUCCCGCUCUUCCUCCGCCGCGGCGCCCGCGUCCCCGCCCGCGCGCUCUCCACGGCCGCCGCGCCUGCGGCGGUGUCCUCGGAGGGGGAGGACGAGGAGGCUAUCACCGUCAAGGGCGUGCGCAUCUCGGGACGCCCUCUCUAUAUGGACAUGCAGGCGACCACCCCCGUCGACCCGCGCGUCCUCGACGCCAUGCUCCCCUUCUACCUCUCCCGCUACGGGAACCCUCACUCCCGUACCCACCUCUACGGCUGGGAGUCCGACGCCGCCGUCGAGGACGCCCGCGCCCGCGUCGCCUCCCUCGUCGGCGCCGACCCGCGCGAGAUCUUCUUCACCUCGGGCGCCACCGAGUGCAACAACAUCGCCGUCAAGGGCGUCAUGCGCUUCUACCGCGAGCGCCGCCGCCACGUCGUCACCACGCAGACCGAGCACAAGUGCGUGCUCGACUCCUGCAGGUACCUGCAGCAGGAAGGGUUCGAGGUCACCUACCUCCCCGUGCGCAAGGACGGGCUCGUUGACCUCGCGCAGCUCCAGGACGCCAUCCGCCCGGACACCGGCCUGGUGUCCGUCAUGGCCGUCAACAACGAGAUCGGCGUCGUCCAGCCGCUCGAGGAGAUUGGCCGCAUCUGCAAGGAGAAAGGCGUGCCGUUCCACACUGAUGCUGCUCAGGCGCUGGGCAAGAUCCCCAUUGAUGUCAACAGGAUGGGGAUUGGGCUCAUGUCCCUGUCCGGCCACAAGAUUUAUGGGCCCAAGGGCGUGGGGGCCCUCUACCUUCGCCGCCGCCCACGCAUCAGGGUGGAACCGCAGAUGAGUGGCGGUGGGCAGGAGCGUGGCAUCCGCAGUGGGACUGUGCCCACGCCGCUUGUUGUUGGAUUCGGGGCUGCCUGUGAGAUUGCUGCUCAAGAGAUGGAUUAUGACCACAGGCGCGUCAGUGCUCUGCAGCAGAGGCUUCUUGAUGGCAUACGUGCGCAGGUCGAUGAUGUUGUCAUCAAUGGAAGCAUGGAGCACCGUUACCCAGGCAACCUCAACUUGUCAUUUGCGUAUGUUGAAGGGGAGAGCUUACUGAUGGGUCUGAAGGAGGUGGCUGUGUCAAGCGGUAGUGCCUGCACUAGUGCCAGCUUGGAGCCUUCAUAUGUGCUGCGGGCACUUGGAGUGGAGGAGGAUAUGGCGCACACCUCUAUUCGUUUUGGCAUCGGUCGCUUUACCACUGAGGAAGAGGUGGACAGAGCAAUUGAGCUUACUGUGCAUCAGGUGAAGAAGCUCCGUGACAUGAGCCCACUCUAUGAGAUGGCCAAGGCUGGCAUUGACCUCAAGAGCAUCGAGUGGUCACAACACUGAGGCAGAUUUCGGUCACUUGAAAGUGUACACGGAUCGCAUACGUAGGCUUAUGUCUGGUGCUGGUGAAGACAUUCAUGUGGACAUGUGGUGCUCCUACCUUUGAUAGGGUUAUCACACUUUUUUACCUCUCACAUGGGUGCCGAGUGUAUUCAAGAGGGUUAAAUAUGCUUGUUUUCUAAGGUAGGGUAUCUUGACCUCAAAAUAAGGAUACUUCAAAUACUUGGUAAUGUAUCGUCUGAAAUACAGUUUGAAGUAGUAGCAAAGCGGUGAUCAAUGAUGUUAAUAUAUUUUAGUGCUGAUAUAAAUGUUGUUAUAAGCUCUUGUUGGUAAAGUUCCCGCAUGGGUUUUUGUUC